GCAAAAUCAUUUGGAUUGAGUUUUUGCCUGUCAUUCAUUUGUUGAAAAGUCGGCUCUACUCUCAAUUUAAAAAAUAACAUUUAAAACUGUAAAAUUUCGAAACAUCGUCACUAAAAUGAAUAGCGAAGGAGGCGUUCGAUCUUUCGACAGCUUUGCGACAAGUCUCCCCAAAGGCGAGCGAAGGAAUCCCAUCACCCACACGCAAGCACCGGUCACUACUGGAACAAGUAUAAUUGCGUUCGAGUAUGACGGAGGGAUUUUGAUGGCAGCCGACAUGCUUGGAAGUUAUGGCUCGUUGGCGAGAUACCGCAGCGUUCCCCGAUUGUUGAAAGUUAACGAUAAAACGGUGAUUGGAUGCAUGGGAGACUAUGCGGACUUCCAGUACUUGCAGGCCAUUAUUGAGCAGAUGGAGGUGGACGAAGCCUGUAAAGAUGACGGAUUUCAAACCACAGCUCGAUCCCUGCAUUCUUGGCUGACCCGAGUUUUGUACAACAAGCGGUGCAAGUUUGAUCCGCUCUGGACGACCUUUGUAGUGGCUGGAUUAGAUCAAGACAAACCGUUUCUUGGAUUCGUAGAUAAGUUGGGGACAGCUUACACUGACCCCAUCAUCACCACCGGCUACGCCUCCAUGCUCGCAACCCCACUUAUCCGAAAAGCUGUGGAGGACAAGCUUAAGGACAAGAAUGAGAAAUUGACACUCGCCGAGGCUCGUAAAGUCAUUGAGGAUAGUCUCACGUUGAUGUAUUAUCGAGAUGCUCGUGCUUCGAACAAGUAUCAAAUCGCUAUAAUUCCAUCCAACGGAGAGGCUUCUAUAAUUGAAGAACCUAAGACACUUUUGGGAGACUGGAGUGUGGCUCAUCUCAUCAAGGGCUACGAAUAAACUGCCAGCCAACCAACUAUUAAUUUUUAUAUGAAACUACUACAAAUCUAAGAAAUUGAAGUUAGUUUGUUGAAGAAGAUUUAAAUUCAUCGUGUAUGCGUGUGCCUAAUGUUUAUGUCACCAUUUAAUUAUUCUACAUAGAUCUUUUGUAUCCAAUUAAACAAUGUGGGUGAAAUGUCUUAUUGGGAUUUAUGAAAAUAAAUACGAAUGUCAACAAAUCAUAA